AUGAUUUCCACCUCAAACUGUUCCUCUACGGAUUCCUUAAUGUCUAGUUGUGUGCAAGAUGUGCUUUGUAACAUCAGUGUUGUGCUAAACCUUAGCCAGGAGGAGAUGGAUGAGUAUUGUCUCGACCAAGAUGAGUACCUGGAGAAACAUCUAGGACCUCGACGUUCUCCUGUGUUUCUGCCCGUUUGCAUCACCUACCUGAUCAUCUUCCUAGUAGGGGCGGUGGGCAAUGUUCUUACGUGCACUGUCAUUGCUCGUAACAAGGUCAUGAGGACGCCCACCAACUUCUACUUGUUUAGUUUAGCUGUGUCUGACCUCCUCGUGCUUCUUCUGGGAAUGCCGUUGGAGCUCUACGAAAUGUGGAGUAACUAUCCGUUCCUCUUGGGCAAGGGCGGCUGCUACUUCAAAACCUUCCUGUUUGAGACUGUGUGCUUCGCAUCCAUCCUUAACGUAACAGCGUUGAGCGUGGAGCGCUACAUCGCUGUAGUUCACCCGUUCAGAGCCAAAUACGUUGUGACGUGCACUCACGCCAAGCGAGUGAUCUUGAGCGUGUGGAGCGCGUCCAUGUUGUGUGCCGUUCCAAACACCAGCAUCCACGGCAUCUUUACUCUUCCUCUUCCCAAAGGCAGAGCAACAGGUCACAUGGCCAAUUCUGCCACCUGCAUGCUGGUCAAGCCACGUUGGAUGUACAACCUGAUCAUCCAAAUUACAACGCUUCUUUUUUUCCUGCUGCCCAUGCUGACCAUUAGCGUGCUGUAUCUGCUCAUCGGCAUCCAGCUGAAACGAGAGAAGUUGUUGCAGGUCUUGGACGCAAAAGCCAGCCUGGGGCAAGACAGCUACUCGAAUGUGCGCAGUCAGCAGCAGAAAACACGACGCCAGCAGGUCACUAAAAUGCUGUUUGUACUAGUGGUCAUGUUUGCCAUCUGCUGGGCUCCGUUUCACACCGAUCGCCUGAUGUGGAGCUUCAUGGACCAGCGAUCCAGCGACCACAUGGAAAUAUUUCAGGUGUACGAGUACGUUCACGUCAUUUCCGGGGUGUUCUUCUACCUGAGCUCGGCCGUCAAUCCCAUCCUUUACAACCUGAUGUCGACCCGCUUCAGGGAGAUGUUUAAAGAGGUGAUGUGUCGUCGUAAAUGGCAUCCAGCCCCGAGGAAAUGCUCUCUGAGCAUGACCAGGGUCACUAUGCGCAGCACCGUCAGUGAGAUCCCACCCUGUAAUGGCACAGUCGCUACAGACGGAGAAGACUAUAAUGUAUAUGAAAGCCAGGAAAAUAAGACCACCUCAUCCUAA